UCUUUUGUUAGCCUAGCAUGCCAAAUACAGUUAGCUAACAAAACCGCUUCGAAAUACUGGAAGACUAGCCAUGACAAAUAUAUCUGAGGCGUGGUAUCUUUUGUCUUGUAGUUGUUUAUCGUACGCAGCCAUUGGUAGGAAAUGGUUUAGUGAUGGACUGUAGUGAUGUUAAUGGCUCACCGUCACUUCAGUAACGCCAGGACCAGUUUUAACUGAUAACCGCGAGCUGGUCGGUUUUUGACUCCGUUAUUGUCUUAAUACAGUCGGUUUACUGAAGACCGUUCGUUAACUGGUUAAAUAAUUCGCUGCAGCUGUUUAUUGUGCAUACAACAGUGGACCACAGUUAACAUAGCUUAACCCCAUAAUGAUGCUCCAGGAUGGGUCAACACACCUCCUCUGCCUCACAGCCAGCAGUGGGGUUCCUCUUUUCACGAGAGGAGCCUCCAAGCAGCUGCCCUUCUCUAUCAUCGGCUCGUUGAAUGGUGUUCACAUGUUCGGGGGUGGUCAGGGUGUAGUGUUGUCCUGCUGUGAGACUGAAGGCGGCGGUAAGGUGGUGUGGAGAGUUUUCCAAGACAGUGUGAUGCUCAUUGCUGUGACUGGAGGUGGACAAGGUGGUGCAGGCAGCAGCAAAGAGGAGGAAUUUCGCUUACAACGUCUUCUGGAGAAUGUGUGGAACUGCAUGGUGCUAGUGUUGGGGCAGGAUGAGCUCGCAAAUGUCAGGAAUGUUGAGAGGCUGAAGAGGGACUUGCGGUCCUGCUUCAGCCUCAUUGAUCAGCUGUUGGAGGAGAGGCAAGAGGGCGUCCUGGGUUACUUGACACACUGCGCAGAUUCACUGCUGCCCCCUAACCCCACUCUUCUUCAAGAGGCUGUGGAUGGCUUUGCUCAAUCUGCAGAUAGCGAAUUUGGCUGUCUCAUCAUCCGUGGGCGGAUAGCCGCCGCAACUGAGAAGUGGUGGCGCCUAGCACCGCAGGAAGUUGUGCUGCUCUCUGCUUUGAUGCGGUCCCUCUCAGCCUCUGGAUCAGCCUCGUGUGAUUAUCCAGUUUUUCUUCCUCAGGGCAGCCCUACGGUGGCCCACCGCCUGCUCCGCUUCCAGCUGCUACCUGGGGCGGAUGUGUGCGUGCUGUGUGGCCCAACCCCUUCCCUCCACAGAGCUGAGAGUGGGCUGGUGGUUCGUUUCUGGACACCCCUGGUGGAUACCCUGAGAGACUGCCUGGCUGUUGGAGAGCGCUGCUUACCAGGAUCUGUGUCCCUGCGCCCUGAUGUGCUGGCACUUCUUCUCAUCAACCGUGAAACACGUCGAUCAGUCUCCUACGUGCAGACUAAUCAUCCACUUGGUGACCCUCCGUUACCCUCCAAGGCCCGCUGCUGGGAGCUACUGAAGCUCUUUUACAUUUUCAGCACAACACGCUACUUCAGCCAGGAGGAGACUUUGUGUGUCUCCCCAGAGGAGAGGGCUCAGAGAGGCAACACUGAAGACUUUGCCCUUGGGUUCACCCACCAGCCACUGCAGUGCUAUCUAGUUACAGAGGAGUGCAAAAGCUAUGGACUUCAAACACCACAGCACCAGCUCUUCCUGCUCAUCCCACUGUCAGUGCCCACGUUUGCAACACGAACGGUUGCCACACAGACUCUCUCUGAUAUAGUUACAGCCACUGGGUUUUAACUGAACUCUUUACUACAACAUCCAGAUUUUUGGUAUUAAUUUACAGGUGAAUAGCUUUUCACCUCUAAGAUGAAUUAGCUGCUGAUAUUUUGAUUUCUUAUAUAUCUUCAUAUGUGACUGCAAACACAUAAUUAUGUGUUGAUUACCAGAUCUGGAAGCACAAAAUAAGGUCACAUUUGUCUGCCUUUUGUGAACAGCGUGGUUAAGAACACUGAUAAGAGCUGUGCCUUUCAAGAAUUUAAUGCUGAUUAACACGUGAAAAUAAUACAAAAUGUUAACAGCUUUUGAGCUUUGUUUUGCAUCACUGUUGCACAAUUGUGUCUAACUCCACUGGCUCCAAGGCUGUCACAGUCAUGAAGUGCUGGUUAGACUUACUGAACUGAUCUCCAGUUCAUUCUGUACCUCAAAGAUUUUCUUGACAGUUAGGUGGCACAGACAGUGUACAGCAUGGGGUUUAAGUAUUUAUCAGAAAUUAUGUUCAUAUACUAACACGUUUGCUAAAUAAAUUACUAACUAAAUUACUUAAUAAAUUAAUAACUGUCUGUAUUCCACACCACAUAACGUCAUUUACUGAAUGAAUACUUUGUGGCGUGAUAAUUGCAGUGUUUUGUGUUGUUCAUAACUGCACUCAUAAAUGUCAGUAAAGUUGCUGCAGUCCCACUUUUCUGUGUGAACACUCAGAGUCUUACUGGAAGUCACAUGGAGGAUCAGUAAAAGAUCCCCGUGCAUAGUGUCUAAUCACAGAUUCUCUGCUCUUCUUGCUCAUUUUGUCUAAAUGUUUAUGAGAGAGGAGCAGACAAACUGGCCAUUUGCUGCAU